AUGUCGCAGAACGAGACGAAUGAAGCUAUACGAAAACGAUGGGAAACCAUGAAGCGCAAGGAGAAGAAGAUGAUACGACUCUGCGACGAUAUCCAGGUCAAGACUCUGGCCUACUACGAUAACGGCAAACACCUGGAUGACGAGCGUGCCUUCCUCGAGACGUGUGGACGGCAGGUUGACAAGCUCAAGAAAAUUACCACUGUUCGCAAGAAGCUCCAAGAGCAGCUGGGUAUCGCUCCCACGGAAGAUGGAUACUUUGCUUAUGGAAAAGUCGCUGACACGCACCGUGGUGAUGGCGCGCAGAAGUACGUGAACUUUGUGCUCCUCGAUCACGAGCUCGACUCGACAACCAGCGUUCGACACUACAUAGCAGAAAACAUGGGAGGAUCUUCGCUGCUUACGAAUGAGGAGUGGCGGCCGCAGGUGUGGUCCGCAAGGUCUGACUGA